GUGUCCCUGGUGGUGAACGUGGCCAGCGAGUGCGGCUUCACAGACGAGCACUACCGGGAGCUGCAGCAGCUGCAGCGCGACUUCGGCCCGUAUCACUUCAACGUGCUCGCCUUCCCCUGCAACCAGUUCGGCCAGCAGGAGCCCGGCAGCGACAAGGAGAUCGACAGCUUCGUGCGCCGGGUCUACGGCGUCUCCUUCCCGCUCUUCAGCAAGAUCGCCGUCGUCGGAACCGGAGCCAACAAUGUCUACAAAUACCUCUCUGAGGCGUCCGGGAAGGAGCCCGACUGGAAUUUCUGGAAGUACCUCGUGGACGUGAACGGGAAGGUGCUCGAUGCCUGGGGGCCCAAAGUGUCCGUCAAAGAGAUCCGACCAAAAAUCGCCGACAUGGUGCGACAGAUGAUCGUAAAGAAGAAAGACGAGCUUUAAAACCAGACUUUUUAUAUAAAAGUGUUAAAAUCACCAAACAAAAUAAAAGUUUUUUGUUUUUUAAAAGCACUGAUGCAACACGGCUUCUGAUGUUUGAAACAUUUAAAGCUGCAGUUUUUAUAUCUUUUUAUAUCAGCUGGUUUGUAGAAUUAAUUUUGACUGUGAUCACUUUUCUCUGAGUUCAUUAAACCAUUUAAAGUUUUA